AUCGUUGACGUUUUAUCGACGAGUGCAGUUGUUUUUGUUUUCUAUUUUUCCAUGUCCAGUCCAUUCAACAUAUCGAUUGGUUGACAAAUCGUUGGUAGUUUCAUUUCAUUCAUAAAACUUGGUCGCUUAUCAAGGCAUUCAGCGGACGUGAGGUCAAACAGUGGCAUGCCAACUUGCGACCAUCUACCACAAGGACAUGGAAUGUAUUCACCAUUAUCACAAAAUAUGACCGAUACAGACAGCAGCGAGGAAGAAAUUCAUACCCGUCGGACUAUUAAACGGAACAUCUCACCGUCUGAAAUGCACGAAAUUGACUACAAUGCAUAUAGCAAUUGUAGCAAUAUUGACGAUCGAUUUAUCCAUCACAAUGCGGAUGAUGAUAAUGUUGCAAUUCUAAACACAUCAAAGACUGACGAGCCCAUGGGUCCAAUUAGAAAAGUUCUGUUUGUGUUUUCCAUUAUGCUGUGCAUAUUUACCGUAGUGCUUUUCUUAAACUUGCCGUGCACCGAAGAUUCUUGGUCCUGUCCGGCAAUGAUCGACCGAAUCAAAACACAUAACUGGCAUCGAAGUUAUGAGAAUAUUGAGUUCAAGGGAACGAUCUACGUUGUCGAAGGGCUGAGAGGACGCAGUAGAAAUCUGGUGGCAAUGUACCGCAAGGAUAAGCGCGUUGGUGAUAAUGAAACUGGGCCGAGAAAAACGAAUGGAAUCAUUUCAUUGCUGGGUGGUACAGGCGGUGUUGCAUGGUUCAAUGAAAUAAUGAACGAGCCGAUUUCAAUCGAUUGUUCGCUCAUCGAUGUCGACUUGAAUGGCACUCCUGACUGUUUGGUUGUCGACGAGUUCGGUGAAAUUGGCUGUAUCAAUCCAUUAACGGGCACUUUUUUCUGGCACAUUGCCGAUCGUACCGAAAAGAACACCGAGCUGCUGACCUUUCCGCUAGUUUUGCCAGACUUGAACAAUGACAAAGUGAAUGAACUGUUGGUCACAUCCAGUAUGAAUUCGUUAAUUAUAGUGUCUGGUCGAAAUGGCAUCAAGAUCGGGACGCGGUUCGUAUUGAAGGAAUGCUCGUUCAUUCAUAAAUUCCAGCUGGACGCAAACUUCAAAGUUUCGUUCAUUUGCAUCAAAAAUGAGACGGACGUUCAAAUGGUGAAGCCUUUAGUCGAACUAUACCGAGCGAUUGCCGAAAAUCGAACGAUUGAAUUGCAUCCAAUGCGACACCAGAUACCACUCAAUCAACACAAAUUCUACGGUCAACGUAAGGACACGUUCAGUCAGCGUAACAUCUACUCAGUCAAUGGCAAACAAUUGAUAGUCGAGAACAAUGGACGGUGUCCGGAUAAUUGUAACGUGUCGGUGGAAUUGAUCGAACAGAAAAAUGGUCGAAAAAAUAUUUUACGUAACUUCAACGGUACACGCAUGUACGGUAUGGUGCCUGGAAUAUUACAAUUCAAUUCGUCUGGUGUGAACAUUAAAAGUGGUUUUGUUAUCAAAUUUUGGGAAUGGGCAGCUCAAGAGUCUGACACCAAUAAACCGAAACGAAGCACCAGCAAUGAGUUCAAUAUAUUUGCAAAAACAUUGCAGCAAAAACGUCCAUGGCGAAAGCCGUUUAACAAUGCUGAUGUUAAAUUUCGAUACGAAAGGAGCGAGAACAUUCAAAAUACCAGCAAAGACAGCAUUCUAAAGUCACGCAUGCGACUCAUCAAGGAGACGGUAAUUCUGAUCGUGUUCAAUUCCACCGACACCAAAAUUGAAAACACCAGCCAGAGUAAUAUCGUCCAAUUUUGUCACGGCGAACGAAGCGAAAUGGAAUGCCAGCCGGAUUUGAACUAUCAAGAGAACUCUCUGCUUAUUGCUGACUUGGAUCAGGAUGGAUCACAGGAAUUGGUAUCAUUCUAUUCGACGUACACACACAGAGGUAAUGACACGAACGAUUCGAAUAAUUGGCAAUUGGUUACGUAUUUACAGUUACUGAGAUUGGAGGCUGAACUGCCGAAAUUGUACAGCACAACGGAUCAAAAUUGAAACAACUUAUUGAUAGAAAUAAGACCAUGACAUCACAUGAACAAAAGUAGGAAACUAUCACCAAAGAAAAUGUUUUAUCAAAAUAAGAAAUCUCGCACUACACGUCUAGUCACACUUUAACGAUAAGAUUUUAUUGUAGGUAAAUUUGCAGCUAGUCAUUUUUCAAUUAUAGCAAUAGGAGCCACUCAAUCCUAAAUAGAAACUCGGUUUUGUUUUGUCGAGCAUAAAUUAUACGGUUUACGGGAUUAAAGGUCAAAGAACUUAAAUGGGAUGGAUGUUGGUUGAUAUAUCGACUGAAAAUAAAUGAAUCCGUAAA